UGUAGGCCUUCCAUGUUUUUCUCUAAUUUAAGAAUCAAGCAGUAAUGUUUGAGAGCAGAUUUGACUGUAUACAAUUACCCCACUCAUUCUAACCCCCGAGUAAUUCCACARACAUUUCUCCCUCACGGUGCCUAUUCCUUAAUCCAUUUUGCAACACACACACACGCACGCACACACGCACGCACACACACACGGGGAUGAUAUAUAGGCCGAAUUGGAAAGGCAAUGACAGUGACACAAACAAACACUUAUGUUUUAUUCAGGCCUAAUGUAAAGGCAGUGGGCAGACUGUCAGAUGUGUAUAGGCUAAUAGUGUUUGCAACCAACAAAAAACCUGGACCAUGCAUGCAUCAUGCAAUUCACCAUGAAACAUUCAUAUGCAAAUAGAAGUUGACCUACAGUGUCUUAGUGCUCAAUGAAUUACAUUAUAUUCUUUGAGAGCAAAAGUAUGUCUAGGUUUUCUAAACAUGGUUUUAAACUAUAGGCCUUGGCUACAUCUUUAUGCUAUUUUAAAAAAUCUUAAAUUACAACAAUAGCCUACAAACAAUGGAGAAAUCGUCAUACGUGUUUUUGUUAUGAUAAGGUAUGCAUAAUGCAUAUUUUUAAAUACCUCAUGUUGGUAUUUGGUGGAUACAAUGCUGCCAAUCGCAAUUCACCAUUUGUAAAAACCACGCAUGGCAGUAGCUAGUGUUACAAAAGUUUCCAAAGCAAACACAUUCGUUUUAAAAGGCCAUGUGGAGUCAAAAUGGCGCCACGCAAACUGGCAACACUCUUUGAGCCAAUCACAUCCACCCUUCCUGCGCUGUCACUGGCCAUUCGUGAUUACGCACUUCCACUUUCCGACCGGCCGCUUCUUCUCGCUCGCGCUGUGUGUAGCCUUCGCUGAAGUGGAAAAAAUACGGUGUCGAAACGGAUUGUAAACACGACUAAAACAUGACAUUUCGGCCAAGUGAGACCAAAAGCGUUGUCACAGUGGGUAGAUGAGGAUCUUCUGCAAAGGUUUAGGCUCAUCUUUGUUGUCUUCGCAUGUUCACUUUCUCCGUAGAUGGUCUCCGGCGAGCUGUGCCUGGCAGCGGACAACGAAUUUUUGGCAAAUAAUAUGAAGGAGAUGAUUGGAGGUUGCUGCGUGUGCUCAGACGAGAGAGGCUGGGCAGAAAACCCUCUCGUCUACUGUGACGGUCACGGCUGCAAUGUUGCAGUCCAUCAAGCGUGCUAUGGCAUCGUGCAGGUGCCCACUGGACCCUGGUUCUGCAGGAAGUGUGAAUCUCAGGAGAGAGCAGCCAGAGUGAGAUGUGAGCUUUGCCCCCACAAAGACGGCGCCCUCAAGAGGACCGAUAACGGAGGUUGGGCCCAUGUGGUGUGUGCCCUCUACAUCCCAGAAGUGGAGUUUGCUAAUGUCUCCACCAUGGAACCCAUCGUACUGCAGUCUGUACCCCACGAUCGCUACAACAAGAAGUGUUAUAUCUGUGAGGACCAGGGCAGAGAGAGUAAAGCUGCCACCGGAGCCUGCAUGACCUGUAACAAACAUGGCUGCCGACAAGCCUUCCAUGUCACAUGUGCCCAGUUUGCUGGGUUGUUGUGUGAGGAGCAAGGGUCGGACGCAGACAACGUCAAGUACUGUGGCUACUGCAAGUACCACUACAGCAAACUGAAACACAAAGAGAGGGAGAGACACAAACCCAAACACAAGAAGACUCUAGAGCUCUCCCCUUCCCUCGCUUCAACUCUCAUGCUUGCCUCAGACAAGAGUUACAACAGUAGCAGCAGCAGUGGUGGGGGAGUCUCCGCUAUGCCCGCCUCCUCUCAAAAGCGAUUGGAUGACAGCGCUGCCCGUUUCACCACCGCCAACUUCCAGGAAGUGCCGGUGCACUCCGGGGGUUUAAAGGACAGCCCCCCCACAGGGUCAGAAGGCAAACCGGGGUCGGAGGUCAAACAGGGCAAGAAGAGCAUUAGCCAAGGGGUUGGUGUUCAGCGCGGACGCAAGUCCCUCACACCUGGGAAGUCCCUCCCCUCUGCUGUGGUUACUACGGCAACCUCCUCCACUGCCGCCUCCUCCACUGGAACCUUUCAUCAAGCUCUCCUGCUGUCCAAUAAGACGUCUUCCACCUUGACUCCUCCCACAUCUGACUUCCUGGGCUUCUCUGAUCCGUUGCUACGCUCCGGAGGUGGGGACUCCUUUUCUUCGCCCCCAUUCAGCCGUUGCCUAGUGAAGCCCAGUGAGGUCACGGCCUCGGAGGGCAUGGCUUCGCUCAGCACCUUCGGAUCAAUGAUGUCACUUCCUGGUGGCGUAGCUGGCGCUAAACUGUACGAGAACUCUCACAGCGAGCCGACGGGGAACGUUGCUUCCACAGCCGGCUACAAACGCCCCUCAUCAUCCUCCUCUUCCUCUGCUGGCUCCUCCUCUGGGCCAAGUAUGGGGGAAGGAGGAGAAGAAGGGGUGAAGAAGAAGAGAGGAAACUGGAGGAACCGAUACGGACCCUGCUUCAGUGUUCCGGACGGCAAGGCUACAGACGGACCUGAGCACCACACAGCACCGCUACCUCUCCCCUCCUCUUCUCUCUGCUCCACCUCAUCCGCCUCGCCGUCCCCCUCCUCUACCAGCGCUCUGCCAGGCCGGCCCGGAGGAGGUGGAGGAGAGAGAGUAGGAGAGAGAGGAGGUCUGCUGGGUGUUGGUGUUAGCGUUGGGAUCCAGAAUUCUCCUUCCCUACUGAGGAACGGCAGUCUGCCAUGUCACGGAGUCACCUCUACUCCCUCUGGCACCGGUGCGUUCUCCAGUUGUGACGGGUCGUCAGGGGUGGGACCUGCUCCUAUGAGUGGAGCUAACUCUGAGUUGCAACAGCCGAUGGCCUCCCUAGCUCCUCCCAGUCCCUUCACUGUCACAGCCCCCAUGAUCAACACGGUCUCCCCCCAUGUGAGUGGGUUACCAGGUCCAGUGUUCAACAUGGCUCCCUCCCACAUGUUUGGAAACCGACUCAACCCUAACUCUGCCAUGGCUGCCCUCAUCGCACAGUCUCAAGCUUCCCCCGCAGAUCAGGAGGGUAGGAGAUGGAAACAGCAUUGGAGCUCCAGGCUUCUCCAGACGAGCCUCUCCCAAGACCACCCUCUGUCCGCGUUCUCCUCUAGGUGGGCUGCAGAUCCGGUAUGACCCAGGAGGGAUGUUGGGGUCAGGUUUGGGGGGGCUAGGGUCAGGUCAGGGAGGUG